AUGGCUGAGGCGGAGCCUGGAGUGCUGGCUCAGGGCACUGUGGCCUUUGAAGAUGUGGCUGUGAACUUUUCCCAGGAAGAAUGGGGUCUCCUUAAUGAGGGUCAGAGACAGCUGUACUGUGAUGUGAUGCUGCAGAACCUGGCACUUCUGUCCUCUCUCGGUUGUUGGCAUGGAGUGGAAGACGAAGAGGCGCCUUCUAAACUGAGUAUUUCCAUACCAAAAACAUCUAACGUUUGGACUCCGAAGACAAAUGUGUGUCCCAGGAAAGGCCAGGCCCGGAAACCGUUUAUGUUGAGUGAGAUUGAGGAAGACUUCUUGGUGAGACCAGGAAUCUUGGAGCAACAAGCCACUCACUCUGGAGAAAAAACAUAUGAGUGUCAAGAAUGUGGGAAGUUCUUCACCUACAGGUGCAAUCUCUUAGCCCACUUGAGAGUUCAUACAGGAGAGAGACCAUACAGAUGUGGAAUAUGUGGGAAAUCAUUUAGCCUGAAGUCUAACCUCAUUCGACAUCAGCGAGUUUAUAGUGGAGAGAGCUCAUAUGAAUGUAGUGACUGUGGGAAGUUGUUCAGCUACAAGUAUAACCUCAUUGAACACCAGAGAAUUCACACUGGUGAAAGGCCGUAUGAAUGCAAUGAUUGUGGGAAAUCAUUUCGCCACCGUUCUACACUCCGUCAGCAUAAGCUACUUCACACGGGACAGAAGCCUUAUGAAUGUAGUGACUGUGGGAAAUCUUUUGCGGAAAACUCUCGCCUUGUUAAACACAGGAAAAUCCACACUGGAGAAAGACUGUAUGAGUGCAGUGAAUGUGGAAAAUCCUUUGCUGAAAACUCCAGCCUCAUUAAACAUAGGCGAGUUCACACUGGAGAGAGGCCUUAUGAAUGUGGAGACUGUGGGAAGUUGUUUAAACACAAGUCGCACCUGGUUGUGCACCAGAGGUUUCACACUGGAGAGAGGCCUUAUGAAUGUGGAGACUGUGGGAAAUCCUUCAGCAAACAGUACAACCUCAUUCGGCACCAGCAGAUUCACGCUGGACAAAGUUCAUAUUAAUGCAGGGAAUGUGGAAAAUUAUUUAGCUACAAGUACAACCUCAUUGAACACCGGAGAAUCCACACUGGAGAAAGGCCCUAUCAGUGCAGCGAGUGUGGGAAAUCAUUUCGUCAAAGCUCUUCAUUUCUGCAGCACUGGAGGCUGCACGCUGGACAGAAGCGUUAG